UUUAUUAAAUAGUAAAGGAAGACAUUUUUAUUGGACUUCCACUUCCAUGGAGAAAUGGCCCCCUCUCAUGGAAAAUACCCAGGUUUCAAGGGUCUAACACUAAUGUGUGAAUACUUUAAGCUUCAUCGUCCUUCAGAAUACUGACAAAUUGUCUUAGCCAACAACAAAUUUCAAUCACUAUAUAAUAAAUUAUGUUGGAAGCCAGGAUAAAUUUGGGCUGUUUUGACUUCUAUUUCAGUCAGGUGGCUAUCUCAGCAUAACUAUGUAGUUGUACAAGUGAUUAUAAUAGGAUUGAGAUUUGCUUGCCUUCUUGUAGAUUUUACCAUUAGAGGAGUUGGAUUCAGAUAUUGCACUCUGUGAACAUACAAGAUCUUUUCAAGUAUAGAAGAUGUUUGAUACUGUAGAGCAGUGGGUCUCAACCUUUGGAUCCCAGGUGUUUUGGCCUACAACUCCUAGAAAUCCCAGUCAGUUUACCAACUGUUAGGAUUUCUGGGAGUUGAAAGCCAAAACAACUGGGGACCCACAGGUUGAACUACUGCUGUUGAGUGAUCAUGUUGGUGGGAGUAAUAAUAAUAAUAAUAAUAAACCUUUAUUUAUACCCCGCUAACAUCUCCCGAAGGACUCGGUGCGGCUUACAAAAGGCCAAGGCCAAAUACAUCAGCAAAACAACAACAUAACAAAUACAACAAUAAAUAAACUCAUAAAACAAUAAAUAGCGAUGUGUACCUCUCCUGGUGUUUAUUACUCUGCCCUUUCCUGAUCUCCUAGAGUUUAUGGUUUUACCCCCGGAUCCAAUAGAGCUGUUGGCAACAAAUCUUGGUUGAUAUUCAAGGAUGUCUGGAAGAAAGAAUAGACACAGAAAGGGUUACUGAUUUUGACUGAGGUGUUGUCUCACUUGAUCAGUACUUUCCAGGAAUUUCUUUUCACACUCUGAUUCUGACAGUAUAUCCUUCCAGGGAUUCUCUAGUAAUAUUGAAAAGGUAUAUGGCCACAAGCUCCCACCUUACUGGGAAGAAAUAUGUGGUUCUGUUCUCUAGCUGUUUUGUUAGCUCUGAAUGCAGAGACUCCUGACAAGAGAGAAGACAGUGACCUUUCUAAGAAGGACAUUGCACAACCUUCUUCCCAUGGUGUCCAUGAAUAUUUUGUCACCCUGUUAGCUGAAGCCUGCACUCUUUAUUUAAGGGAACAAUAGGCCAAGACAGAGUUUCAUCUAGCUCCCCUUCCUUUUAAUAGGGAAAAUUAAGCCUUCUUUCAAGCCCUGUUAAAAAAAAACCCAACUAUGUCAUUCCCUAGAUUACUUGAGGAGAUCCCAAGACCAAGCAAAUUCACAAACUGAUCAACAUGGUAUGCUUCAUAUUAAGUCAGUUUAUGGGGUGUCUCAAAAUCCUAGUAGUUGAACCUAGAAGUAGUAGCAGCAGACUCCACACUUAAAGUGCUUAAUAUUGAUCUGAAUAAGAUAAAUAUCUUAGUGGUAAUUCUAUAAAACUCUUAUGGAAGGACCCCCUUUCUCUUCCAGUUUGGCGUGAGAGAUUAGAACAUCUCCCGGGAAAGUCUUUAUGUUGCCUGGCAUUUUCUGUUUCCACUUCAUUCUUUCCCAUGGGAGUUUUCAUUUUUAUUUUGUUUUGUUUACAUAUUCUCCAGUAGUUCAAAACUGUUGCUGUUUGUAUCCCACUUCUAUAUCUGAUUUAGAGGCAAAGUGGUAAAACCAUCUAGUAUCUUGUCUUCCUUCUCUGUAGUGUAUUAGAAUCUGUUUCUUUUAUUACUACGUGCUACCAUUGUUUGCAAAUCUGCAGCAAUUUGUUAUGGUUGGGCAUAUUUCCACUGUUGCUACUUAGGACUCUUAGUUGUAACAAAGUGUUUGUGCUUCAGACAAAUGUAGACAAAACUGCUACUUCAGUUUCAGUUAUUCCUCAUUCAUGAUAUUUUAGCUACAGUUUUGAUUAAUAGGCUUAAUACUUAUAAAUAUUGAAGACAAUAGAAUAAUAAUUUCCUUUCUAGUCAUCAAUUUUAACCAGUUUCAGACAUGAUAUGCUUCAUAGCUAUUAUACUUAGAUUUGCUGAUAUAUAGAUUCAUUUUUAUUAUGUCCAAUAAUUUCAGAGAAGAAAUUAACUGUACCUGCAUAUUGGGAUAUACAUCUAUCCUACUGAGUUUUAGAGGAGUAAAAUGCAGAGAUUUCCCUUCUAGCAAUACUUCAGAGCUGCAGAUAAAAUGACUUCCUGUCUCUCAGUUUCCUGUAUCCAUGGUAACUUUAUUUUAACCAGUUAUUGUGGAGGAGCCAAUGGGAAGAGUAGCAUUUCCUGUGGGAACGGUUACAGAACUUGUGACAAAGUGUGAGAAGCUAGAAUGUUGUCUAGCGAAGUCCUAAAAUAAAUCCUAAUAUAUAAAUGAAUUAGCCAUUCAGCACAAUCGAAGAUGACUGGGAGAGUUAAAGCCUUGGAUAUGUGUCAGCUUCACCACCUUAGGUCAACCCAACAUAUUCUUAAAUGCCUGCUUCUGUUGCUGAUCCAGAAGGAUAUACUGUGCUGUCCCUCUGUUUGCCAGCAUUGUAAAGGCAGACAAGCCGACUGCCGUUAUUCAGGCCUUUCAUCUAUUCCAAGCAAUUUCCCACAAAAUACUGUAUUUUUAUAUUUGAGUGGGAAUAAUAUAUCACGCAUAUGUCCAAAUGAACCAAUAGGCCUGCAUGAAGUUGCUGUGCUACACUUGGAUAAUUCUGGCAUUUUAUAUGUGUGCCCAAAGGCAUUUGCUGAGUGUAAGAAAUUGUGGUUCCUACAUUUGAAUAAUAAUCAGAUAAAACACUUGGAUCUUGGAACAUUUGAAGGACUUUCAAAUCUUCAUUCUUUGCACCUGCAUAAUAAUGAAAUUGCUUUUUUUCCUAAAGGAUUAUUUAAGGAUCUCACUUCAGUUCAGUAUCUCAUGCUUCAAAGCAAUCGUCUUCGCAUUCUUGGUAGUGACGCUUUUUUAGGAAUGAUUAGUCUUCGGAUUCUUAACCUAGACAACAAUAAGAUUUCACAAAUAUCACACGCAGCAUUUCAUCACCUCAACAACCUGACAUGUUUGUUCCUAGGGAGUAACAGUUUAACACAUGUGCCAUUGAGUGCAUUUUUAGCACUGAGAAAUCUUGAAAGACUUUCAUUGUCAUUUAACCCUAUUGAAGCCAUACUUCCCUUUGCAUUUAAAGGACUUGCCAAGCUUGAAUUUCUUUCCUUAAAAAGUGCAAACAUAAAAACUAUUCAUGCAAAUGGUUUUUCUGGGCUAAAGAAUCUUAAAAAGUUAAUCUUGAGCAAUAAUAAUUUAGAAAAUAUAAAUUCCAAAACUUUUGCAUCUUUGGACAAUGUAAUGUUUCUGCAGCUUGACAGAAACAAAAUAAUCAGUAUUGCAGAUGAUACAUUUGAAAAAAUGGGAUCUUCCUUGAAAAUACUGAAUCUAGCAUUCAAUAAUCUGACGUCCUUACAGGCUGAAGUGCUUAAGCCUUUGGUAUCUUUAACUCACUUACAGGCAAAUUCCAAUCCAUGGAAUUGUAGCUGCAGAUUACUUGGGCUAAUUAAAUGGUUAGCAUCUUCUUCCAGCUCUCCAAAACUUCAUUGUCAACAUCCUUCCAAUUUGCAUGGAAGACAUGUGAGUUAUGCCAAAUGGAGCUUGUUUACAACCUGUUUCAGCACUACCCCAAAGACUGAAAUAUUCAACAACAUUGAGAUGGCAGGAAUUCAUCAUAGUACCACUUCAGUAUUUAUGGCGUGGCAUAAAAAUCUGGCAAGCAAGAAAGCUUAUGAACAUUUAGGUGUGGACACAAAUACAGUGACUUUAUGGGCAGAGUUGCCUACCACAUCUGCUAGUCAGAAGCUUUAUGAAGAGAUUUCCAAUGAUACACAGGAACAGACUGCUUCAGUGUUUAAAGCACAGAUAGCAACGCAGAAGAUACCAGUUAGUUUGACUGUGGAAGAAGACAAUGUAUUCCCUCUAGAAGCUGUUUCUAUAUCCAUUAAAACAUCUCUAAUAUGUGCACAAGAAGUAGAAAAACUGAAUCACUCUUUUGACAUUUUGUUAACUUUUUUUGUUUUGGCCUGUGCUAUGAUUAUCUUUUUGAUGUACAAAAUCAUUCAAUUUAGACAGAAGCUCAAAGCACAAAAGAACUCUGACAGUGGAAUAGAAUACUAUAGCUUUUAUCAAGGGGGUAGCUACACCAUAACUAAUUCAAUCCAGCAUGUCCCCUCCAAUUCACUGGGAAGUCCAGAUCUGGACUAUGCUCAGCUUUCUAAACCAACAGCACUUGAAAGUCAAGCACAGGUCAUCUUAUUUGAACAUUCAGCAUUAUAAUGUUCUGUGUUACAAUAAAUAGCAGGCCUGGAGACUGUAUAAAAGUCAAGAUAACAACUGCUUGUAAUAUUUUAUAGAUGUUUGUGGGUGGGUUUCUUAAUUAGUAUUUUUCUUCAAAUAUUGACAUUGUUUUGGCUGUUUAAAUAGCUGUACUUUUGUAUGCAUCUUAUGUUUGUUUUAUAUAUAAUGCUUACAUUAUAUUUCCCCUCACUAUGAGAAAGCAUUCAUUGAUAAAUCCAACUUUGCAUGAAUGGGUGUUCAGUGCUUUGCCUAUACCAUAUAUUAAAUUCUUUCCUAUAAAGAUUGUAGCCCUUUCAAAUACUUAUUUGGAUGAAAUGAUUUGUAGAAACAAUGUAAGACAAGUGGCAAAUGACUAGUUAUACUAUUAAUGGCAGCGCUAUAAAACUUAAUUUCUUAACUAGGAGGCAUUUGUAAGUUGGAUGUUUGUAACUCGGGGACUGCCUGUAUUUAGAAACAAUUCAGAUGAAAAACUAUACAAAAUUUCAGUAAAAGUAUAAAUGUAAAAGUUAUUUUAAAACAAUGUAUAAAGGUAAAACAUUUACUAUGAUAAACAUUACAAUUAUUUUAAAGAGUAUUACAAACCAUAAAACAACAUGGUGCAUCAUUAAAAGCCCAUCCCAUUCAGAUCCCUCAAAGCCUGGUACCACAAGAAUGUUUUCAAUUAUUGGUAGAAGUACUCCAUCAGUCCAAAAAAAAAAGGCGUUCCAAAAUCUGGAAACAGUCAGUGAGAAGGCCCUUUCCUAUAUUUCCAACAAAUGAACCUGAGAUGGUGAUGGAACAGAGAACAGGACCUCUCUAGAAGAUUUUAGAACUGCCAUGGGCUCAUAGGAGUUCAUA